CCCGCCGUGGAGAGGACGAUAAGCAGCACCCAGGCAGCUAUGCGGCCAUGUUUAGAUCGACGGGUGUUUCUGUUAAAUUUAGAGCAGUUAUCGGACGCGGCUCUCCGUCCUCAUCACACUCUGAUCUGCUGCUGCUGCCUCGUCUGGAGUCCAGGUCUAAAGAAGCUGACGUGUCGCCAUGAUCCAAGCCAGGACCUCCACGCUGUUCUCCACCGAUCAGCUGCUCUUCUUGUUGACCGUCAUCUCGACUGAGUUACCAUAUUCGGUGGCAGGAGGCUCGGUUCCGACCCUCAACUCCAGCAACACCUUCAGCAACAGCAGCAAAUGUGGCGGCAGCACCAAAUGCGUCACGGGCGUCAUCCUGCCAGUGUGGCAGCCGGUCAACCCGGCCUUCACGGAGCGCCUCGCCAGAGCCACCAUCUACUUUGUGGGGUUGGCAUACAUGUUCCUGGGCGUCUCCAUCAUCGCAGAUCGAUUCAUGGCAUCCAUCGAGGUCAUCACUUCCCAGGAAAGACAGAUCACCAUCAAGAAACCAAACGGCGAGAGGAUCACCACCACGGUGCGCGUCUGGAAUGAGACAGUGUCCAACCUGACGCUGAUGGCACUGGGUUCCUCCGCACCAGAAAUCCUCUUGUCGGUUGUUGAAGUUUGCGGUCACAACUUCACUGCCGGCGAGCUGGGUCCCAACACCAUUGUAGGAAGUGCCGCCUUCAACAUGUUUGUCAUCAUCGGCCUUUGUGUGUCCGUCAUCCCUGAUGGAGAAACCAGAAAGGUGAAGCACCUGCGGGUGUUUUUUGUCACCGCCACCUGGAGUGUCUUUGCGUACACCUGGCUCUACCUGAUCCUAGCCGUCUUCUCUCCAGGUGUUGUUCAGAUAUGGGAGGGGCUUCUCACACUCUUCUUCUUCCCCAUUUGCGUUGGUUUUGCUUACGUGGCCGACCGCAGACUUCUUUUCUACAAAUAUAUGUCCAAACGAUACAGAGCAGGGAAGCAGAGAGGAAUGAUUAUCGAAACCGAGGGAGAACCGGAGCUUCCCUCAAAGGUUGACAUUGAAAUGGACGGCAAAAUGCUCAACUCACAUGGUGAGGACUUCAUGGAUGGAGAAGUAGAGUGUGAAGCAAACGAGCUGGAUGAGGAAGAGGCCCGUAGAGAGGUGGCCAGGAUCCUGAAGGAGCUGAAGCAGAAACAUCCAGAGAAGGACAUGGACCAGCUGAUGGAACUCGCUAAUUACCAAGUUUUAACCCAGCAGCAGAAGAGUCGGGCUUUCUACCGCUGUCAGGCAACCAGGAUCAUGACGGGAGCAGGAAACAUCCUGAAGAAGCAUGCGGCUGACCAAGCUAGGAGAGUCAUUCAGCAUGACCUCUGCUCCGAGGUGUCCGCCAACGACUUCUCCUCUAAGGUGUUCUUCAACCCGGGAACCUACCAGUGUCUGGAGAACUGCGGCAGUGUGGCGCUGAAUGUGGUCCGUCGUGGUGGAGACCUAACGAGCACCGUCUCGGUGGAUUACCAGACCGAAGACGGCACCGCAAAUGCCGGCUCUGACUACCAGUUCACCAAAGGAACAAUCUUGUUCAAACCAGGUGAGACUGAAAAAGAAAUCCGCAUUGACAUCAUUGAUGACGAUAUCUUUGAGGAGGAUGAGCAUUUCCUCGUGCACCUCAGCAACGUCAAAGUUGUGCCGGAAGGUGACUCCUCAAACGGUGGUGAGGAAAACCAUGUGGAUGCCCCCGCGAGUCUGGGUCUGCCGUGCACAGCCACCGUCACCAUCUUCGAUGAUGACCACGCCGGGAUCUUUACGUUUGAGGAGCCAGUGGUGACCGUGAGCGAGAGUGUUGGAGUUAUGGAGGUGAAGGUGAUGCGGACCUCGGGAGCCCGUGGCGUUGUGUUGGUGCCCUACAAAACCAUUGAAGGGACGGCUAAAGGAGGCGGCGAGGACUUUGAAGACACACACGGAGUCCUGGAGUUUGAAAAUGAUGAGAUCCUUAAAACCGUCCGGAUUAAUAUAAUCGAUGACGAACAGUACGAGAAGAACAAGAACUUCUUCCUAGAGAUGGGAGAACCUCAGCUGCUGGAGAUGAGCGAGCGGAAAGCUGUGUUGCUUCAGGAAGCUGGUGGAUUCGUUAAGACAGACAAGCAGUUCUGUGGUACAGACGUAUACAGGAAGGUCCAGGGACGAGAACACCCCGCCCCCUCAACCAUCGUCAGCAUCACUGAAGAAAGAGGUGAGGAGGCGCUGACGAAGAAGGAGGAGGAGGAGCGGAGGAUUGCAGAGAUGGGUCGACCGAUGCUCGGUGAACACGUCAAACUGGAGGUGGUCAUUGAGGAGUCGUACGAGUUCAAGAGCACCGUGGAUAAACUCAUUAAGAAGACCAAUCUGGCUCUGGUGAUUGGGACCAACAGCUGGAGGGAGCAGUUCAUUGAAGCCAUUACCGUCAGCUCUGGUGAUGACGAUGAUGACGAUGAAUGUGCCGAGGAGAAGCUCCCCUCCUGUUUUGACUACGUCAUGCACUUCCUCACUGUCUUCUGGAAGCUUCUGUUCGCCUUCGUUCCUCCCACCGACUACUGGAACGGCUGGGCCUGCUUCGUUGUCUCCAUCUCAGUCAUCGGCCUCCUGACUGCGGUGAUCGGAGACCUGGCAUCACAUUUCGGCUGCACCGUCGGCCUCAAAGACUCCGUCACUGCCGUGGUGUUUGUGGCGUUGGGCACGUCCGUUCCAGACACCUUCGCCAGUAAGGUGGCCGCCAUCCAGGACCAAUACGCCGACGCCUCCAUCGGCAACGUGACGGGAAGUAACGCCGUCAACGUCUUCCUGGGUAUCGGUGUGGCCUGGUCCAUCGCUGCCAUCUACCAUUACUUCAAAGGUGAGGAGUUCAGGGUCGACCCGGGAACGCUGGCCUUCUCCGUCACGCUCUUCACCAUCUUUGCCUUCAUCUGCAUCGCCGUCCUCAUCUACCGGCGCCGACCAGAGAUCGGAGGGGAGCUCGGAGGCCCUCGGAUCCCGAAGAUCCUCACCACGACGCUGUUCUUCAGCCUGUGGUUGAUGUACAUCGUCUUCUCCUCGCUGGAGGCCUACUGCCACGUCAAGGGCUUCUAGGAAUUCUGCUAUGGACCUGUCCCAGGAGGUUCUAAUGGGUUCUAGUGGAUUAGGUUCCUGCAGAAGGGUUCCUCCUACAUGAUGUGUUGUUAGUCUAAGGUUGGGUAGAUAUUUAAAGGUCGUAGCAGGGUACCACAGCUAGACGGAUUCCUAAGGCUUCUGAUGGACAGGUUUUUACACGGGUAAACAAGUCUAAUGGACUCUUAACAGGUUCUUUCAGGUUCUAAAGGAUUCUACAGCUCCAUGAACGUCCUGAUGGGUUUUGGGUGAACCUCCAGUCGUUCAUCAUCAUUGGUCUAAAGGUUCAGAACAUCUGAAGGUUCAAACUGCUUCUUCAAAUGGUUUCAAAGAAUAUAUCACAGCUCUGACAGGUUUAUAAAGCUUCUUUGAUAACUGGUCUUAAAAAUCACAUUCAAACUGUGUAAGUUCUUUUAGUUUGUUUCACCCUAAUCCAGGACUUAACAUGGAAAAGGUUCAAGUGGAACCUCUCAGGCUGCUGACUUCCAACACCGUUCAUUUUCACAUUUUCCUUUAGGACUCACCUGAACACUUUAGCAGUGUUUAACCUAAAGUUUCUGACGGAUGUCCCUUUUUAAACCCCAGCCCCAGACCCCCACCAGUCCUUCAGAGCUGAAGACUUGGAUGAAACGUCUUCAAGGAACUCUACCAGUCCAGUUGUCCUUGUUUCAACUUUGUUUUUUUUUAGACGACUGAGAACCUUCACAGACACCUAAACUGUUUAUUUUUGACGAGCAUGGAUUUUGACACCACGUCCACCGUAGAGUCCACGAUGAAGGAGGUAGCUCUGAAAACCUGCAGGACAACUGCAAUAGUGUUGCACCAACAUGAAUCCUGUAUCUGCACUGAGUGUGAAAUGUAGUCAGUCUUUACUGUAAAGAGACUCUGCCGCAGCAGUGGAUCCAUUAGUUAACAGAUAUUCUCUGAUGUGAUUGGUUGAUUUCGAUGAUGUAAACUGUUGAAAUAUUAAAGUAGAGUUAGCGACA